CCGCUCUUAUGGUCACUGCAAUGCCCUCCGAAACCUUGGUGCUGGACCUCAGGAACUUGUCUCCCGGGUAUCAAAUCACAGUGCUUAAGAAGCAUUCUGCGGGCGCUCCCGUAUCUUGAAGCAUUCCUCGGACGCUCCCGUGCAUCGUGCUUAAGAAGCAUUCCACGGAUGCUAUCUAUCUAUGGCGCUCUCAGUACAUUCCAACAGUCGUAAGAAUCCAUUUACCACAGCCAUGCCUGUAGUACUGUGGUGGAUAUUCUUCACGAGUUUAACUUGAUUACCACAGCUAUAUCCAGAAGCCUCACCAUGCGUGCCUCAAUCAUCCGCACCGCAGCACUAGCCGUUGUCUCUGCCGUCCUGCCCACGGUUGAAUCUGCCAUACUACCCACAGUGCUCGCGGAUGGCCCUGUCAUCCUGCCCACAGUGCUCGAGGCUGCCCCUGCCAUCCUGCCCACAGUGCUCGCGGCUGCCCCUGCCAUCCAGUCCACAGUGCUCGCGGCUGCCCCUGCCAUCCUGCCCACAGUGCUCGCGGCUGCCCCUGCCAUCCUACCCACAGUGCUCGUGACUGCCCCAGCCGUCGAUGGCGUACAGGCUAUCGCAGAUGCUCUGAACAGUUCAGCCCUGCAUCUAAACUUACAGGCCAACAGUAUCGCGGUAACAUCUACACUAAUGUUGCACCAACAUUCGACCUUGCCAGGGCUAUCAGCAACGCCACUUCAACAUUCUGGCAGACAGCAUUUGACGUCGAGAAGAGGGUGUGUGUGAUAUCCUCCACAAUCAAUCCGCAGACUGUUGCGACAGCGCAAGCAAAUUUGAUCGCUGGGUAUGUUUUCUAUCAAUGCCAUGUACGUGGAAACUGAUGUUCAAUAUG